CGUCUUCGUUGUAGUGCAGCUGCGAAAGUUCGUAGCGAAUUCUGAAACGGAGUUGGUAGUGAUGUAAAGGGCCAGUAGAACGUCGGAUUGCGGACGUUCGGUUCCUCGCAGGGAACAAAUCACCGCCCCAAACUGAAGCCCAAGGAGAUGUCGGAGGAACCGGGCGGCGGGGUCCUCAAGCCCCCGGUCCGAAACCUGCCCAAGAAGAGGAAAUUCGACCCGAGUGAACUGGAGGAUGACAACUGCAGCCCAGUCACCGACAAAGCAGGCAAUACAAGAAUUUCGGCAACGGUGCUGGUGAGUUCCAUCCCCGCCAGCAACGAGUACAACCCCGUUCAGGGCGCCCCGAUCGACUACUCCUCGUACUACGCCCAGGGCCCAACUGGCCCUGCCAACGUCGCCCCGCAGCCCCUGCAGCCCCCGCCAGUUCAAAUUUCGCCGCCCGCACCCAUCCAGGUCAUUUACCACAAGCCUGAGGUGUCGUCCUACGCUGUUGCUAAGGAGCCCCAACCACACUGCUGCAUUGACUUGAGAGACUUCAUCGGCCACCGGGUGUUGGCCAGGAGCAAAUCAAACCCACAAAUUUACCUGCCAGGUACAAUAUCCAACGUCCUGUUGGCCAUCGGAGGACAGGGUGGAGGAGUGACUGUAACACUUGACCAACCAAACAUUGCCGGGAUCAACGCAGAACCAAUCAGCCUGUUGUACGAGGACGUUUUUGUCAAGGGACCUCUUGACGUUGUUUCUGACAUUUGUCCAAGUCUGAGUCAGCUCACUAGUAGGUACCCCUUCGUUGUGAAAGAUGUUCAUCCGGAAAUUAGAUUUCUUCCUGCUGUGCUAUGCCAGAUCUACACCAAUCCGAUGCAAGUUUUGGUGGAAGUCAGAGUAGGCGAUGUGAUCGAGAAGCGGCUGGUGAAGCGAGCGCAUCUUCGCAUCCUCCAGGCGCCCUGGUCAGAAGAACUUGCCUUCCACGUUGAAAACCACACCGAGCCAGUGUCGUACGUGACAACAAAGGUGCCGGUGCCUCAGCCAUCGCCUGUCUCUCCGCUGCCUCAUGUGCACCCCACUUCUGUGCCGGGCAGUGUGGCCGCCAUGAUGUACCGCCACUCGGCCACCUCGCCUCUCAACAUCAACCCUCCAGGCUCGAUGCCAAUCACCACAACCCCGGCGGCACCGACCAAUCUGAGCGUGGCCACCCCUAUGGUGGCCAAUCUGUCCACCUCGGCCUCAACUCUGACCGUACCUGUAGUACAAAACAGCCACCACGCCGAAGCUGAAUUCAGACGCAAACAGUUUGACGACUUUGUCGAUUCGGACGAUGACCUCAGGAAGGAGGACAUCAUGUUUCCAUCUGAAAAUGAUGUCAAAAUUUGUGAAACAGGAAGCAGCAAACGCUCGUCUGUGCAAAGCCGCGGCUCUUCGUGCUGUGACCAAAUGACCAGUGGCGGAUCCGUUACACCGAGCCGCUCGUUGACUGCCACCCCGCAUCAUUACAAAAAGGGUGAUGUUGUGCGAACGCCGAGUGGGAUCCGAAAGAAGUUCAACGGAAAGCAGUGGCGCCGACUCUGCUCACGGGAAGGUUGCAACAAAGAAUCUCAGCGCAGAGGCCACUGCUCCAGGCACCUUGCACUGAAAAACAGCGUCACCCCUUCGUCUGGAAGGGAAUCUGAGGAGCCGUCUCCUAUAUUUACCAGUCAAUCUAACACACCAAAUCCCACUCCACUGCCAGGACCACCAGCCAGUAACAAUAACGGAAAUGGGAACAACGGAAACCAAGUGAGGGCGUCUGCUUUGAGACUUAACAGCAGAAACUUUGACGCGGAAGAGACAGAAGCAGCUAAUAUCAUGGUGUCUCUUGGCACAUCAAAACCAGCCACACCUGAGGUCACCCUGGCUCAGCAGAACGCUCACUCAAACUACAACCAGUCAAGGUCACCUAUUGGAGCUGCCACAAACCUCUUUGUGCCCAUUGCGAGCCACAGUGAUCAAAAACCAGCCAACAGAAUGUUGUCUCCCCACAACGUCAGCCCCAUUCCGAAGCAAUUUGGAACAUUCAACAAUCAGCAAAACCUCAUCAGGCCUGAAAUAGUUCGACCUCACAUGCUGAUGUCAAAAGUACCCGCACAAACAAACGCAACGCAAAUCAUGCCGCCAAGAGCAAUGCAUCAUCAGCACAUGCAGCAGCAGCAGCCGCCACUUCCACAAACGACGCAACAUCAAGUGAUCUCAGAAAAUUCUCACCCCACCUCCACGGCAAGCACAACUGCAACCACGGCUCCGAACUCUAACCAAACCAGCGUUAUUCGGAUCAGUCCUAGUCCUAAUGUAAAAAACUGGGGCAGCGAACAGCAACUGGCCGUUUUGAACUACGCCCUUAAUGAGCAGAAUCAAGUUGGUCAGCCUCUUUUGCAGAAAGCGUUGACUACUCAAAAGCAGGUCACACUAUUGGCUGUUCCAAAUAAAUCAAACGCCUCCGAGCACUCUCUGUACUGCAUCGUACAGCAAACAGAUAAUAAGCAUAAUUCUGAGGAGAAUCACGUCACUCCAAAAUUCCAGCCAGUCAUCGUUGCUCCGACUCAACUUGUACCUGUUGUUUCUCCCGAAUCGAGAGUUUCAGAACCAAACACUGCCACAGCUGCAAUUACGUACCCGUGGACCAAUUUGGUCCCCAUUCUGCCAGCUGCAACAGCCAACUCGGUGCUCGUGAAGCCUCCCGUUGCCAAUCAGCAAAAUAAUAAUGUCGUAAAUAAUAAUGUAAAUAGCAAGGCUGCACAUGCAGAAACAAGGCCUCCAGCUGCACCACCUAGUAAACCAGAGCUGCAACGCAAAAACUCGACCAUCGAUGAGAAAAUGGAUUUGGAUAUUGCCACUGCUGUGGAUUUGGAUGAUGAUGUUUUCGAACCAGAACCCAGUUGCAGCAAAGAUGAGCAGUCUGCUAGCGACAAACGACGAUCUCAGAGUCUCUCUUCACUGCCGAAAGAACCUCAAAGCCCCAUGAAGGGUGGCAAGGAGAGAAUUCGACGUCCAAUGAAUGCUUUCAUGAUAUUCAGCAAGAGACACCGAGCACUGGUGCACCAGCGGCAUCCGAAUCAGGAUAAUAGAACUGUUAGCAAGAUUUUAGGAGAAUGGUGGUAUGCUCUGGGACCUGAAGAGAAGAUGCAAUAUCAUGAGUUGGCUUCUGAGGUGAAAGAAGCUCACUUCAAAGCACAUCCCGAGUGGAAGUGGUGUUCGAAGGACAGGAGGAAAAGCUCCUCUGGCAAGAAUGAUCUCAGUCAACCUAGCACACCCAAGGAACCCCUGUCCAAAGAUGGCGAAGAUGCAAAAGAGGGUUCCAUGAUAGACCUCAAAUGUGCAGAAAAUGUCAACUCGGAUUCCGAAUCGGAGAACGAAACGCUCAUCGAAAAUAAAGUUUUCCCUCAGCAAAGAUUCAGUCCGGUUGCGCCAAACAACGGGAAGUCAGCAGGAAUAGGCCCCAGUGCUUUAUCCAAGCACCCACCGCCUUCGAGCAACGAGCCUCAACAGCAUAUGCAAGUUUCGCUUCUUAAGAGUCAGGCACAUUCACAACAUGCAGGAGGAGAUGCCAAGAAAGAGUCAGUUGCUCAGUCACCCAGCUCUCUCAGCGACAGCUCAACCACCUGCAGACCGAAGCCAAUUAAAAUGAGCAGUUUACUCCUACCUCACAGAUUGCCUUCCGACAGCUCAAGCCCAACGUACAGUCCCUUCAGUCCAACGAUGAUGCCGCAGCCGUCGCCCUCUCCCCACAAAUUCCCCUACUCGCCGCAGAACCCAGCUGGGAUUUCCAAAUUCCAGCCCACUGGUGGUGCUUUCCUGCCGACGAGUCCCAAGGUCAAGACGCAGAUGCAGGCCAGAUCUUUUGGCCAACAACAACAACAGCAGCAGCACCAGCAACACCAAGGAACAGUCACUUUUGUCAACCUGCUGGUGAAACCAAUGACUCCGGCUUCGUCGGUGGCAAGUUCUGGAAGCCACAGUGUGGUUUACAGUCUUGCUGCUCCGACAACUGCGCCCAGCUCGACAUCGCAAACCGUUAUUGUGACCAAAAGUUUGCCGUCGCCUGCUCCUAGUUUACCUCAGAAGCAAACACAGGAGGUCAAGCCUGCAAAAGCAGAGUCUGAGACUAAUGAAAAUGGACAGCAAUUCGUUUUGGCUCCCACACCAGCCCAGCUUGGAAAAGCUCCUCUUCAGAGGCGUAAAGCUUCAACCGCGUCAGAGGGCUCGUGCAGCAACCAGGGUCCUUUGUCAGGCGGCGGCCCAUAUUCGGACGGCCAAGACAGGGAGCAAGGCCCUGCCAGCCCGAGUGGCUCGACAGGCUCGGUGCCAGUUUCUCCCGCAAGUAAAAAGAGCUUCUUCAAGAAGAACGUCGAGGACGGAAUGGACAGGGUGCUUGAAACUGUAAAUUUUGAAGCAAAAUUUUCGUCACUACCACAAUUUAAACCCAGCGAAAAGCAGUCGCCCAGUAAUAUACCCAACACAAGUCCCAGAGUGUUUGUUCAGAGUUACCGAAAGAAGUCGUUGGCUGAGGAGAGGGAGGAGGCUGGCCUACCUCCUCAACACCAGCCACCAAUUUCUCAGGCCAGCAUGAUGGAACCACUGCCACCACCACCUCCUUCUGCCAACUCGGAAAACUUAGGAACUGGCAAUUCUAUGCCAUCUGCUCGCUUAGUCGGGCACACUUUCUUUCCGCCAGAUUUUAAUCCUGAGAAUCCAUUCAGAGAAGAAGAUGCAGUGGCUGCCAGUCCUCGAACGCCAAAGACGCCGAGAACUGCCACUGGUCCGCCAAACUCUGCCGCCAGUUCUGAGUCCGGAGAUCGAGGCCAUCGACGAACUCUCGAGCAGAGGAGGACUCUGGUCAUGGAGCUUUUCCAACUGCACGGUUUCUUCCCAUCUGCCGAAGCAACUUCUAAUUUUCAAGCGGAACACUCGGACAUCUUCCCGAACAAAGCAAGCUUGCAGUUGAAAAUACGAGAGGUGCGGCAAAAGCUGAAGGCGAAUCAGAACAUCAUGACCCCGAACACGCCGAGCAGUCCAGCAAUUAAUCAGACUUUUUGCUUUGCAGCAAACUCUACGCCCACAUCAAGUAGCUAAGACGGCACACCUAGUGACUACGUAGGCUUCUUGGUUACGCAUGACUUUAUUUUUACCCCCGGCAUUAAUUGCUGCAACUAAAUUAAGAAUAUUGGAUGGAAGUCUCUUUCCUAGAAGUAAAGGUCAGAAGAUGCAUAUUUUGGUCAAGUUCUGAGACGGUGUUGAGGUCGUGAAUUGAAAUUUAUCAGACCUUUUGAAAUUAACCUCAAAUUGAGAUUCGACAAAAAAUAACUCUAUUUUCGAUUUGUAUCACUGAAAUCGAUCCGAUUAGCACAAAUUCUAUUGAGAAAUGUACUUUUAUCUGAGGCCAGUACUUAAAUUUUCACUUACUGGCAGCAUCGUAUCAAGCAAUUGGUUCCUUAUUAUGACACCGUUUUGAAGUUUGCGAGAAAUGAUCAGUGUCAAAAGGAUUUUGACUCGAGUUACCUUUCAUUUCUGCUGCAUCUAGCAUGCGAAUUUUACUGUUUUGCCAACUGGAAAACUUUUUAUCGAUUAUUCCCAGCUUGUAUUCAAAAGAAGAAAAUUGUAAUUUUGCAAUUAGCGUGCUUCCUGUUUAAAGAAAAACUAUUAAUUUAGUGAUUACUCGUUAAGGUGACGGUAUUAUUACAACAUUAUUAAUUAAUUUUACGUUGCACUGAUAAAUUAAUGUAAAUAAGACGGGGAGGAAUUGAGAUGAAAUCGGGACGCCCACAAAUUUGUAGCAUUUAAGCCAAAUUUAAAAAAUCAACUGAAUGUUGUAGUGGCAAUGAACGUGAUAAGCAGAGAAAAGUGCAAGGAAGGGACGAUUUUAAAAAGCGAGAUGGGUAGGAAACACAAUUUAAAUAGAUGGAGUUCUUGUUAAUUAAGGCAAAAACGAAAUAAUGUAGUUGCGAGAGUAGUCGUUCUAUCAAUCGAUCCACAUUCACCGUACAAUUUCCGAUUCUCAAUUUAUUGAAAUGCCUUUCUCCUGUAGUUGCAAAAGUGGCAAUUCCAAUCACGAAGGGAUGCGAAUUUUAGUUCGCUAAAUUCGCAUCCCGAAUCUGCUUGCUCAUUCACACAUUGACAAAUUAUUCAUGCCAAUCAUGUAGCAAUAAUUAAAACGAAAACACAGCGAAUCGUUGACGGAAUCAUACUCGCUGACCUCCUCAGUCCUGCUGAGGGAGCUUUUGCAACGCACUUCUUCUGGCAAAACGUGAAUGUUUUUUCAAUCAUAGGUGUUUCUCUUUACGCGCGCAUUGUCGAAUGUCAGAGGUCCGAUGUGACGCUCGGCUCGGAAUGACCCAAAUUUUUAAGAGUGAUUUUGGAAGACUGAUGGUCUUGGUCAAUUUUUUUAGGCCCGAAAUUUUACCCUAAUUAUUUUUUAUACGUUUAUUUCUGUUCUUUUAAAUUUUAAAGGGAACUAAAAUUAUGCUCGUUUUAGUACUUAAUUUUUAUUUAAAUUUUUUAAUUUCAUUCCCUCUUUUGAUCGAGCCGAAAAGAGCGUCGGACCCAUUGUUCGAUGUUGAUCAUUUUUUUUGUACAUAUAAAACAAUUUUAUUGUUUCCCGUGCAUGUCGUCACACAGUCGGAGAGGAACGAAGCGAGAAAUUGUGUGUGUAUUGAAUUGUACAAGCAGCCCUCCAUUUAUGAACAAAGAUUAUGCCCGAGCCGAGGCCGCUUUCCGCACCGACCCUAGCGACAAAUUGACCACUUAAGACUGCGAAAAUCGACACUUGCUUUAAUUCUUUCGAGACACGACCUGUUCUAAAAUUAGUUUUCCCGCGCCAUUCGGGGCGGGACACACGUUUUAAGCAACUUUUAGGCCUUGUCUUUGGAGCUCAAAAAUACAUAACCACGUGCCAGGUCAGGUGCCGGUGCGGAAAGUGCCCUCGACGUUGACCCCUUUUAAAAAAAAAAAUCACGUGAAAAUAUACAUUUAUUGUAAAGAAAAAAAAAUGGAUCUUUAUUCGAGCAGUUCGAAUUGUCUGGAACACGAUGUACAAGCACCAAUAAUUAUUAAUUCUUAUUGUAUGAUUACGAACGUACCGUACCAAUUAGGAAUGCGACAAUUGCCUUAAGAGUAACAAAAAAGAAGAAAAAAAAAAUAUUCAGAAAACGUUCGAAUAAAUAAGCAGUAGAAGUCCCGCUCUGAAUAAAUUAAAAAUAGUCGUUCGUCACCGCCGCCACCACUGCAAAGUUAAUUAAUUAAGAUGGAGCAUUUUUCCUUCUUGUUCUUCUCUCUGUGUAUAAGAUAAAUGAAACGAAAAAUAUAUAUUAUGCAUAUUGCAGACGUAGCUAAAGAAAAGAAUAUUAAAAGUCAACGACGAAAUGUAGAAGGGUUAAAAAAGAAAAUUACGAAUAGUUUCUGCGUUGACACUGUUUUCACAUCAUGCAAUUCAUGUCACACGAAUUUCUUACUUUGGUUGAUUUUUUGUUGUUCCAUUUUUGCAAUGAAUGCCAAUUCUUUUAUGUGUAUUAUUGAAUAUAUAAUUUAUAUAUAUAUUGUCCAUUGUUUCUCUUGUUCUCUCUCUCACUCACUAAUUUUUGUUAUCUCUUCUGACGAAGCUAUUAUUCGUUGUGUACUAAUAAACAGAGACAGAGAAUAAUAUUUGCUAUAAUAGUGUUUGGUAAAAAAGUUUAAUAAAGACAAUCUAACUCAAAAAGGC